GACAUGGAGGACAUGCCUUUCUGACCAGCAGCUCCUCGUUCCCUCUUUGCUCCUCCCCUCCCCAACUUUCCCACGCUCGUCAACCUUCGCCUUCCCACGGAUCCCAACUCCCUCUCUGUCGGUCGCCUUUACCCACGACCACCCACACCGCUACACUCAACUACUGCGCACAUCUCGCCCGGCGGUCUCGAUCUCCGUCACUGGAUCCAUCUCGCUUUCAAACCCACAGAUUACUUGAUAGCAAAUAAAUAAGCAAAAUGCGUGAGAUUGUUCACUUGCAGACCGGGCAGUGCGGUAACCAGAUUGGUGCCAAGUUCUGGGAGGUCAUCUCCGACGAGCACGGUAUCGACCCCACUGGUACCUACCAUGGGGACUCUGAUCUCCAGCUGGAGCGCAUCAACGUGUACUACAACGAGGCCACCGGUGGGAAGUAUGUUCCUCGUGCGGUGUUGGUUGACUUAGAGCCUGGAACAAUGGACUCCGUGAGGGCUGGCCCCUUCGGUCAGCUGUUCCGACCGGACAACUUCGUAUUCGGACAAUCCGGUGCUGGAAACAACUGGGCAAAGGGUCACUACACGGAGGGUGCCGAGUUGGUCGAUUCCGUGCUCGACGUCGUGCGCAAGGAGGCCGAGUCCUGUGACUGCUUGCAAGGUUUCCAAAUUACGCACUCUUUGGGAGGUGGUACCGGAGCCGGUAUGGGAACUCUUCUCAUCUCCAAGAUCCGUGAAGAAUACCCCGACCGGAUGAUGUGCACGUUCUCCGUGGUUCCAUCGCCGAAGGUCUCUGAUACCGUUGUCGAGCCCUACAACGCAACGCUCUCAGUCCACCAACUUGUCGAGAACUCCGACGAGACCUUCUGUAUCGACAACGAAGCCCUCUACGACAUCUGUUUCAGGACUCUCAAGCUGACGACUCCCACUUACGGUGAUUUGAAUCACCUCGUUUCGGCCGUCAUGAGUGGUAUCACCACUUGCUUGCGCUUCCCCGGUCAGCUGAAUGCUGAUCUUCGGAAGUUGGCCGUCAACAUGGUUCCUUUCCCCCGUCUCCACUUUUUCAUGGUCGGCUUUGCCCCUCUCACAUCCCGGGGAUCUCAGCAAUACCGCGCUUUGACCGUGCCAGAGCUCACCCAGCAGAUGUUCGACGCCAAGAACAUGAUGGCUGCCUCUGACCCUCGCCACGGUCGUUACUUGACUGUAGCGGCUAUGUUCCGUGGCCGUAUGUCCAUGAAGGAGGUUGAUGAGCAGAUGUUGAACGUGCAGAACAAGAACUCAUCGUACUUCGUGGAAUGGAUCCCGAACAACGUCAAGACGGCUGUCUGUGAUAUCCCACCCAAGGGUCUCAAGAUGUCCGUGACCUUCAUUGGAAACUCCACCGCCAUCCAGGAACUGUUCAAGCGCAUUUCUGACCAGUUCACGGCCAUGUUCCGUCGUAAGGCUUUCUUGCACUGGUACACAGGCGAGGGAAUGGAUGAAAUGGAGUUCACGGAAGCUGAGUCCAACAUGAACGAUUUGGUCUCUGAAUACCAACAAUACCAGGAUGCGACCGCGGAAGAGGAGGGUGAAUUCGACGAGGAGGAAGGCGAGGCCGAGGCCGAGGCUUAGAGGGCUUUUAUCAGUAAUAGUGUUAGUAGCUUCGUUUGUGAAUUGUACCUCUACAUCGCAAAAAAAAAGGAAAAAGUUUGCGCCUCGUGUCGUGUAUUUGAC